CAUGUCCACCAACAUGUCCACCAACAUGUCCACCAUCAUGUCCACCAACAUGUCCACCAUCAUGUCCACCAUCAUGUCCACCAUCAUGUUCACCAUCGUGUCCACUAUCAUGUCCACCAUCAUGUUCACCAUCGUGUCCACUAUCAUGUCCACCAUCAUGUCCACCAUCAUGUUCACCAUCAUGUCCACCUUCAUAUCCACCAUCAUGUCCACCAUCAUGUCCACCAUCAUGUCCACCAUCGUGUCCACCAUCAUGUCCACCAUCAUGUCCACCAUCAUGUCCACCAUCAUGUCCACCAUCAUGUCCACCAUCGUGUCCACCAACAUGUCCACCAUCAUGUCCACCAACAUGUCCACCAUCAUGUCCACCAACAUGUCCACCAUCAUGUCCACCAUCAUGUUUACCAUCAUGUCCACCAUCAUGUCCACCAACAUGUCCACCAUCAUGUCCACCAUCAUGUCCACCAUCAUGUUUACCAUCAUGUCCACCAUCGUGUCCACCAACAUGUCCACCAUCAUGUCCACCAACAUGUCCACCAUCGUGUCCACCAUCAUGUCCACCAUCAUGUCCACCAACAUGUCCACCAUCAUGUCCACCAUCAUGUUUACCAUCAUGUCCACCAUCAUGUCCACCAACAUGUCCACCAUCAUGUCCACCAACAUGUCCACCAUCGUGUCCACCAUCAUGUCCACCAACAUGUCCACCAACAUGUCCACCAUCAUGUCCACCAUCAUGUCCACCAACAUGUCCACCAUCAUGUCCACCAUCAUGUCCACCAACAUGUCCACCAACAUGUCCACCAUCGUGUCCACCAUCAUGUCCACCAACAUGUCCACCAUCAUGUCCACCAUCAUGUCCACCAACAUGUCCACCAUCAUGUCCACCAUCAUGUCCACCAUCAUGUCCACCAACAUGUCCACCAUCAUGUCCACCAACAUGUCCACCAUCAUGUCCACCAUCGUGUCCACCAUCAUGUCCACCAACAUGUCCACCAACAUGUACACCAACAUGUCCACCAUCAUGUCCACCAUCAUGUCCACCAACAUGUCCACCAUCAUGUCCACCAUCAUGUCCACCAACAUGUCCACCAACAUGUCCACCAUCAUGUCCACCAUCAUGUCCACCAUCAUGUCCACCAACAUGUCCACCAACAUGUCCACCAUCAUGUCCUCCAUCAUGUCCACCAUCGUGUCCAC